GAAUCUUCUCCGCAGCGUCGAUCUCGUCCGUCCAAUAAGCAGCCGACGGACGAGAUCCGUUCCCGCUCCCAGAAACUCUCAUCAGAGUCUCGACCAUUCGAGAACCUUCCCCGCUCUCUCCCCCCACCAACUAUAAUUUCCGCCUCUCAUUUACGGGAGGCUCCAAAAUCGCAUCUCCAUCUCCACCGCGUCGUCUUCGUCUUCGUCUUCUUCGUUGAGAUCGUGUUCGGAUCGGAGGAUUAGAGUUAGGGUUAGGGUUAGGGUUAGGGUUGGGGUUAGGUUUUCGUCGCCGAGAUGUUCGGGAGGGCGCCGAAGAAGAGCGACAACACGAGGUACUACGAGAUCCUCGGCGUGUCGAAGAACGCGUCGCAGGACGACCUCAAGAAGGCCUAUCGCAAAGCCGCGAUCAAGAACCACCCCGACAAGGGCGGGGAUCCGGAGAAGUUCAAGGAGUUGGCGCAGGCUUAUGAAGUCCUCAGUGACCCAGAGAAGCGCGAGAUAUAUGAUCAGUAUGGCGAGGAUGCCCUUAAGGAAGGAAUGGGUGCAGGGGGAGGUGUGCACGACCCAUUCGACAUCUUCCAAUCAUUCUUUGGUGGAAGCUCCUUUGGAGGUGGUGGAAGCAGCAGAGGCAGAAGGCAAAAGAGAGGAGAAGACGUGAUCCACCCUCUUAAAGUUUCACUUGAGGAGCUGUACAAUGGGACCACAAAGAAGUUCUCCCUUUCCCGAAAUAUCAUUUGCUCCCAGUGCAAUGGAAAGGGUUCAAAAUCUGGUGCUUCGAUGGAGUGUGGUGCCUGCCAGGGCACAGGCAUGAAGGUCUCGAUCCGCCAGUUGGGGCCUAAUAUGAUUCAACAGAUGCAGCACCCAUGCAAUGAGUGCAAGGGCACGGGUGAGGCCAUCGAUGAGAAUGACCGGUGUCCACAGUGCAAUGGUGAGAAGGUUGUCCAGGAAAAGAAGGUAUUGGACAUCGUGGUUGAGAAGGGGAUGCAGCAUGGCCAGAAGAUCACCUUCCCUGGAGAGGCAGAUGAAGCGCCCGACACAAUCACUGGAGACAUUGUGUUAAUACUCCAGCAGAAGGAUCAUCCCAAGUUCAAGAGAAAGGGCGAUGAUCUCUUUGUUGAGCACACAUUGUCUCUCACCGAGGCUCUAUGUGGGUUCCAGUUUGUUUUGACUCAUUUGGACAAUAGGCAGCUGCUUAUCAAAUCAAAUCCUGGUGAAGUUGUCAAACCAGAUCAAUUCAAGGCGAUAAACGACGAGGGCAUGCCAGUCUACCAGAGGCCAUUCAUGAAGGGGAAGCUCUACAUCCACUUCACUGUGGAUUUCCCCGAUUCCUUGACCCUCGACCAGUGCAGAGCCCUCGAGGCCGUGCUCCCGCCAAAGCCUGCGUCCGAGCUGACGGACAUGGAGCUGGACGAGUGUGAGGAGACCACCUUGCACGACGUGAACAUCGAGGAGGAGAUGAGGAGGAAGCAGCAGUCUCAGGCUCAGGAGGCGUACGAUGAGGACGACGACGCCUUUGGCGGGGCCCAGCGUGUACAAUGCGCCCAACAGUAGUCGGGGGUAAUCCCUUUUUUUUUCAUUCCCCUCCUGUUUUCUGGGGUUGCAAUGCUAGGUCGCUUGGUGUGGUGAUUACAGCCAAAACUGACAUUUAUAUUCCAUUUUGAAUGCAAAGAGUCUUGCAUGUAUUCUAUUCUAUCCGAGCUCUUUUGCUUGGACAUUUAUGUAGUAUAUAUAGAAUGGUCGUGCAUGUAACCUUACUUUUUCCCUGUUAUUGAGAAUUCUGCAAGUGUUUAGUAUCAAGAAAGGAUGCGAGACGUUAGAUUUUUAUUUUUA